CAAACCCUAGAUCUGCUUUCCUCUGCCUCUCCGGCGUGCUUUUCCGGCGUCGGAGAGGGCUUUGCCUUUUUGUUUUUCUUCUGGUCUUUCUCCUCUGUCCGUUGUUUCCGUUCGUGGUGGGUGAUGGCUCGCCGUAUCCUUACCUUCUCGUCCUCCAGGUGGUGGUAAAUCAAAGCUCAGGCUUCGCGUAGUGGCUAGGAGAGACACGGCGGCUUGUUGUUGCUUCGAAUUGUGGCUCGAGGUCACCUCGUUUCGAUGGCAUUCAGAUGGUUGCUUUUAGUGGUCGUCCCUCUGUGCGUGUUAGAUCUGAGAGUUUGGUUUGUGGUUGUGGCUAUGUGGAGACAGCGGAGGGGCUCCGGACUUCCUUCACGGUGGUUAGCUCCGGCUAAUUUGUAUUUCGGAUGGUUCUGUGUCAUCUGAUUUCAGAUUCUCGCCUCUUUGGUUUUGGGUUGGUGUCCGCUUCUCACCGGAAAUCUCGGUUUGGGGAGUUUGGUGAAGCAGCAUGUGGUGAUUGGCUCGAUUUCUUCUUCCUCGCCAUGGAAAGGGCUUGGUCUGGUUCUUUGUCGACGGAUCUAGAAUUGACCUUCUCUUUCUCGAGGCGCGGUAUGGUGGUUUGGCGAGGCAUCAAAUCUGAGGUCGUCAUGAUGUCACCCAAUGGCAGCGAGGACUUGAGGACUAGUCUGGGGUUAUUGUGUGGCUGAUCUUCUUCGGCUUUUAAUGCUUUGCGAGGUAAUUGCGUUCUCGGUGGUGUAAGGCUUUAGUUGUCGUCAAAGUCUGUUGCUCUUUUGUAGCAGCCUUAGCGGAGUUGCUUGGGGAAGUAGUGGCUGCCGGUGGUGGUCUUGCUUUCGUCUCCAAUUGCAAUUGUCUCCGGUCGAUUCUCGUAUCGUUUGCUUUGUCUUUUCAAGGAUUUUGUUGGGAUCCUUAUAUGUUGUCUACGAGACUUAAGCCCUUGGUUUGGAUUGC